AUGGCCACUCUCAACAUCACAGACCCCGACGAAUUCCUCGCCGAAUUCAACCAAGCCCUCAACGCCGCGCCCUCGUCGCGACUACGGCAUAUCAUCCGCGACGUAUGCCGGCUUCUCCCGGCUGCUCUCCCAAUCGUCUCUGAUUGCCUCCUCGUGAGCGAGGACCAGGUCCCAGCGCCGCAUGAUCCCGACUCUAACUCCGGAUCUGACUCUGGAGCAAGCGUCGACACAUCAACGCCAGACGACGGGAUCCUGGAAGUCAAGCCCAAGCUCGCUCGCCUCAAGUCGAAGAAGAGAGCUAGAGUCCGGGCGCGGUACGCGGUGUGCGCGAACUGCGGGGUUGAGUACGACGUUACGAAGAACACUAGGGAGAGUUGUUGUUUUCAUCCUGAGGAGGCUGUAGCGGAUGAGGAGUAUUGGGAGCGUAUUGAUCUCUGGGAGGAUGAGGAGAUUGACACGGAGGAGAGCCGGGAGGAUCAUCCCGAGGGGUUUGUGUAUGGCUGUUGUGGGAGGCAUUAUGGGGAGGAAGAGUGUAAAGUUGGUUGGCAUGAGGAGGAGUCGGGGGGUCGGAAGAGGAGGAGGCUUUGA